AUGGAGGCAUCUGGGGCAAGUCGCGGCCACCGCAGACGCGGGAGCGCGAUAGAGCUCAAGGAGCACGUUUUGGAAAACGGCGCACGACUGCUGUCCUUUGUCGAAAUCCUCGAGGGAUGCUCGACGGCCGAGGGUCAGAGAGUGUUCUUCACCACACACAGCCACGCCUUCUACCGCUCUCUCCUCGCCUCCGUCCUGGGUGUUAGUGAUGUGAUGGACGAGGAGGAGGCGGUGCAGCUGUUGGGCAUCUUUCUGGCAUUCGUCAACAGCACCAGCGAUCGACGCUCGUUCCGGGUGUGGUGGGUCCCAUUCAGGUCGCGGUUCCUCGAGGUGGCCUACCCGACUCCCGCCGGCACGCGCCUGCGCAGCCUCUCUGUCGACGCCUGGCUGUCGUCGGACUCAUCGCCUCGCUCGCGUCGACCCAACUCGAUGCUCCACAUCAUCCUCUGCAUGCUCGUCGACUGGACGAAGCAUCCACACCACGCCCGCGCCAUGCUCCUCCUCAACCGACCAUCUGGAGAGCAACAGCGGCCACCACAAGAAGAAGGAGAAGAAGAAAUGGAGAAGAAGACGAAGGAAGAAGAGGAAGGGAGCGCCGACGAUAGCGAACAGGAGCAAGAGGCGGUAGACAACGACACGGCACAAUACCUGCUCGAUUUGUGCGGACAUUUGUGCACGACCCUGCCUCUCGUGGAUGAAAGCUUGCCGAUGCUUCGCCCCUUGAUGCAGCUCUACCACAACUUGGCCGUGGACUUCUUCGCCAGGCUUGGCCGGUUGCUGGUCGCGAAGGACUCAACUGGGCUGCGCGCGAUGGGCAAAGAGACCUACAUCGACACGGUGGAGAAUCAGCUACCGACCUACGAUACACAGACACGUACUCUGAUCGCUCGCCAAUCUUCGGCGAUGUUCCCUGUCCUCACUAUCGUCAUCUUCAGCGAUUUCUUCUUUUCAUCGCUGUGCGAGCUGCUCGAAGACCAAAUCCAAUACCACCUGAACUACCCGCCCUCUCCUGCCCUCGACGAACAGCUCCGCCUCUUGAUUCAGUUCCACUACGCGCUCAAGCAGUACUUUAGCAUCCCCACGCUGCACUACGCCUACUUGAGCGUUCUCGAGGAUUGGGGCCGCACCAUCGCCGAGCUCACCGCACAAGAUGCCUUUUCAGAGAGUACUCAGCAAUGGCAACGCUCCGGCAAGAGCGACUUCCUCGAUCACAUGCUCCUGAUCUCUCGACGACUACUUGAGAUACUGCCGGGCUUGUCCGGGCUGAUCGCCGCUCCGAGCUCACUGAUGGCAUUCCUCAAGCGGUUGGGAGACGUACUUGAGGUCCACAUUAAGCCCUUCAUGACCAAACAGCGCUAUCAGCACAUUGCGAACGAGAGCGAAGACGGGCUUCACAUCGUGAAGCUCACCUACGAGCCGCUCUUGGCGCUUGUGGAGCGCGAAAAGCCUGAGCUCCUGGCGUGCCGGGGAGAAGCGCUGCGGCUGAUCUGUAGGCUCUUCCUGCCCGCAAGCCGGCUACUCCAGUCCAAGUCCCUGUGGGACGCUUUCUUUGGCACCGUGCACAAUCACACAGAGGAUCUGUUCUCCGCGCGCUUUGACGACUGCCCCAGCCUAAUCGAGUGCUACUGCACGGCCAUCAGAACCUUCUUGGCGGACGACAUGGCAAAGUCGGACCAGAUACGUCCGAGCGCUGUGCGCGUGCUGUGUCGCAUCCUGAACGUGGUGCUUCGCGGUGCCCUGCCUACGCUCGCCCCGGGCUGUCUCCCGGUCAUGCCGCCACUCGACAAGCUCCAUGCCCUCGGAGACAUCGUAGGGAUGGUGCUGCGCGUGAUCGAGGAGGAGACGGACUCGCGCAACAAGGUCGAGUGUCUCAGCACGCUCUCUGCCACGCUGGUCGCGCUGCUGGAGAUCCACUGCCUGUACCCCCACUGCGCGUUCGACGAUGACGAAGGCGCAGACACUGUGGUACAGCAGCACGGCAACGUCCAGGAGAAUGAGCAGCGGCAGGCCCAGAUGUACGUGAGGCGCCUAAUCGAGCAGAUGCUCGCCAUCCUCAAGAGCAGCUGUUCCUUCAUGGAGACCCCUGAAGUCGUCGCCGUCGCCGUCUCCUCGCUGAGCGUGCUCACGUCCAUCUACCCCACGCUCAUGUUCACGAGAGACCCUCUGGGCAACAUUCGAUCGAUCAUCGAGAUGCUAUGCCAGAACGCUAUCGACUCUGGCCCCGAGUUGUGGAAGUACUACUGCCUGGGGUUGCGGGAGUGGCUCAGCCUGCCCUUUCCGUUCCUCCACGACGAGGCCCUGGUCUCGCUGCUCUUCAGCACUCUGGAGAUGUGCAUCCUGCCGGACCCGCUCGCCGACCCUGCGCCGCCGUCCUUCUCCUCGCUCCUCUCCCUCGUCUGCCCCAUGUUCCCGCUCAUGGUGCCCAUCUCGCCCACCGCCCUGCUCUCGUCCACGUCGUCCUCCUUCAGCCCCAUACCACACCCGCUCCCGGUGCCGGCCUCUUCGUCGUACCUGGACCAGGCCGGCGCUGUCUUCAACUCCCUCUACCAGCGCCUGCUCCACUUCGAGGAGACCGAGCCUCAGGAGGCCAAGGAGAGGUGCCGUCUGACUGAAGGGAGGGCCGAGGCUCUACUCCUGCACCUGCUCUACGCCUACAACUUCAGAAAGGGCAACCCGUUCGUAUCGCUGUCUCGCACCUCCUCAACCGCACUUUCUGCCGUGGCCCAGCACUCUGCGUUCUACAGCUGGGGCUCCUCCGUCUUCCUCGUGCGAGAGGAUCGGGUCGGCGAAGAAAUCAUCACCACGGCACAGGUGCAUAACGGCACCGGAAGCUUCGGCUACCGAGGCGAUGCGCUCAGGGAGGUGGUCCUCCCUCGAAAUCCUCCCCAGGGCAAGAAGAUUCUGGACCAGCUUCAGCCGACGGUGCGUCUGCCGCUGCCGCACGCCGCCCUCGUCGCACCGGCGGAGGACACCCACGUGACGCCGCACGCCAUCCACGCGACCGUCGACAGCAUGGAGCGAUUCGUCCGCCGCCUCACCGGCCUGCCGGAGAAGGACGUGUUCAAGGUGGGCGUGGUCUAUGUGGGACCGGGCCAGGACCACCAGAGCGACAUUCUGGCCAACAGCACCUGCUCGUCGGCCUUCCGCACCUUCAUGUCCCAGAUUGGGUCCACGGUGUACCUUCCCCAUCACACGGGUUACGCGGGCGGCUUGUCGGUCGAGCAGGAGCUCGAGAUGCCCUUCUCGACCACCCCCACCACGGAGCUGAUGUUCCACGUGGCGCCUUUCUUCCCCACCGCUACGGACGACCCGCAGCAGGUCCACAAGAAGCGACACAUCGGCAACGACGAGUUGAACGUCGUGUGGAGCGAAAAUGAUGUCGACUACGACAUAUCGACCCUACGCACCAAAGUGACGUGCCUCUACAUCAUACUCUACCCGCUUCGGCGCGGAUUCGUUCGCGUACAGCUGAAAUCAACGAAGCCAGGGCCUUUCCUGUGGGGACCACUCCAGGAUGGCAUGAUUGUACCCACGCAGUCUCUGGCCACACUCGUACGCUGGACCAUCAUUAACGUCGAAGUGGAACUCCUCCGGACGGCACCGUUUUGUAACGCCUACAUCCGGCGGAAGGAGCAGGUCCUCGAGUCGCUGCAGAGGUGGCGACAAGAGAGAGACCCCAAGCUGCACCAGGCGGACGUGGCGCUGGCGGUCCUGCCGACCAAGGAGAGGCAGGUCAUUCUGGAGGGCCUUCAACUGACCUCGCUGCCGUGGUCUCUCAUUGAAUCGCCCUCCAGUGCGACCACUUCGUCGUCGUCACUGCGCUCGCGGUCCCUCUCCUCGCUCCUCUCGUCGCUCGACCCGAGCUCGUCGGCCACCCUGACCACUUCGCCAUCGUCGGAAUCGCUGUCGGCCCUGCCAUCCCCCGCAACGACAUCACCAUCGUCGUCGUCCGUGUCUUCCACGCCCAGCAACAACCGAAAGGGGAGCGCGGCGCUGCCGGGGCUUGCCCCUCAUUCGUUCGGGGGGGCGGGGGGUGAAUCACGGGCUGAUGAUAAUUGGUCCUGCCAGCUGCACCAGGCGGACGUGGCGCUGGCGGUCCUGCCGACCAAGGAGAGGCAGGUCAUUCUGGAGGGCCUUCAACUGACCUCGCUGCCGUGGUCUCUCAUUGAAUCGCCCUCCAGUGCGACCACUUCGUCGUCUUCGUCGUCGUCACUGCGCUCGCGGUCCCUCUCCUCGCUCCUCUCGUCGCUCGACCCGAGCUCGUCGGCCACCCUGAUCACUUCGCCAUCGUCGGAAUCGCUGUCGGCCCUGCCAUCCCCCGCAACGACAUCACCAUCGUCGUCGUCCGUGUCUUCCACGCCCAGCAACAACCGAAAGGGGAGCGCGGCGCUGCCGGGGUUCGAGGAGGGACCGAUCACCCACCUCUCCCUGAGCUUCAACCGGUUGGCCGGCCUCCAGCUGUCAGGCGCGCUCGGCGGGCUCGAGGAGCUGCGCCUCAGCCACAACCGCCUGGCCAAGCUCGCGCGCCUCGAGGGACUCAUCGAGCUCCGGCGGCUGCGAUGCCUUGACCUCUCCCAUAACCUGCUCGCCGACCUGUCGCUUCUGGCCGCGUGCCUCGCCCAGGGCAAGCUUGCCCGGCUGGAGCGCCUCUUCCUGCACAACAACCGCAUCGCCUUCCUGCCGCUCCACUUCGUCGCCAUGUUCGGCGGCGAUGCCAGAGGCAAGGACAAGGCCAGCAGGUAUUCGGAGUGCGAGCUCGGGUCGAUCUCGCUGGACCACAACCCGCUUCUGCUGCCCACUGCCGACGCCACGGCCACGGAAACUGCACAGGCGACCCUGAACGGCGAGCUGCCCGGCGUUACUACCCCUCCCACGCUGCGAGCCAUGUGCUGGCAGCUGGCCGUCCAGCGAGGCACCGCCAGUAGCACCAGCAGGUGGGCCGGCGACGAGCAGCUCAUCCGGCAACUACGAUCUAUACUCGACGAGGGACGCGCAGCGGCGAGGGAGUGCAGCCUGUGCGGGUGCGCCUACAUCGGCGCGCCCGUGGCUACGGCUCGUCGCCCGUGGGCGGGCUCGCUGCUGGGCCAGCCCGCGCGCAACUUCACCGUGGGCGGCGAUGCCUGCUCCCUCUCCUGCGCGCGGCUUCUGCAGACGCAGCUCGCCAGAGCCGCAUCGGCUGCGGUUGGGGCAGGCAACGCUGGCGAGAUGUGA